AUGCGAAAUUUAAAAGACGUGACAUUGGGAUGUGUCUUUGAACGGAAGCGGGGACGGCAGACGUACACGCGAUACCAGACCCUCGAGCUGGAAAAGGAGUUCCAUUUCAACCGGUACCUGACGAGGAGACGACGGAUCGAGAUCGCCCACGCCCUCUGUCUCACCGAGAGGCAGAUCAAGAUCUGGUUCCAGAACCGGCGCAUGAAGUGGAAGAAAGAGAAUAAGACCAAAGGAGAGCCUGGCUCGGGAGACGAACCGGACAACAUGAGUCCACCCACCUCCCCCCAGUAA